AGUUCCGAAGUAGUGGCAAUAUUGGGACAUAAUGACUUCAUUUAGGAAAAAUACAUGAGGUGAUGAAUGUGCCUCAUUUAUUUGGCAACGUGUACUGGUUUAUUAUCCUUUAUUACAUUCAAAUAAGAGAAUAAUUUAAGAAAAGUUAUAAAGUAAACAUGAGGUCAGAAGAGCCAGUCCCGUUACAUGAAGAAUUUAUCUAUUGUUGUGGAGCUGCUACCCAUGUUUUAAAGUGUGGGCCCUGGAGAGACCUCUCAAAAGAUGAAAAUAAAAAUCUACCCAGGCUCUUAUUCAUGAUUAUUCCUGGUAACCCUGGACUGGCAGGUUAUUACAGGACCUUUAUACAGGCCUUAUAUUGUGGGCUAAAUCAGCAAUAUCCUGUUUGGGUUGUGAGCCAUGCCGGACAUUGUAAGCCUCCUAGUGGAAUGGAAAUGAUAGAAGACACAGAUAUUAAGGAGCUAGAGGAUGUUUUUGGACUUAAUGGACAAGUAGAGCAUAAGCUGAACUUCCUCAAAAACAAUGUAUCAAAAGAUAUAAAGCUGGUACUGAUUGCUCAUUCUAUUGGUUGCUACAUCACACUGGAGAUGAUGAAACGAGCAUCAGAACUUCAGGUUCUUCGCUCUGUGCUGCUGUUUCCAACCAUAGAACGGAUGGCUCAGUCCCCUCAAGGGAAGCUGAUGACUCCUUUGCUGUGCAAACUUCGUUACAUCCUGUACAUGCCUGUCUACCUGCUGUCCUUCCUACCAGAGGGAGUCAAAGCCUCCCUGGUGCGCUUCGCUCUGCGAGGGAUGAAGACCUGUGAUGAAUCUUCCAUAACAACCUCCAUCAACCUCUUCAGUGUGGACUGCAUUGCCAACAUCUUGUACAUGGCAAGCCAAGAAAUGAUUAAGGUUGUGGAGAGAGACAGUACAACCAUAAAGCAAAAUUUAAAGAAGCUGAUUUUUUACUAUGGCACUGGAGACAGCUGGUGUCCUCAGCACUACUACGAUGAGAUCAAGAUGGAUUUUCCAGAGGGGGACAUCCGGCUCUGUGAGAAGGGGCUUCGCCACGCCUUCGUGCUGGAUGCCAGCAAGGAGAUGGCUGCCAUGAUCACAGACUGGUUACAGGAUGAUUUGACCAAAUUAUAAACACAGGUUCAGUGAUUAAGAAGAAAAAAAUGUCAUUACUUUGUGAACACGUAAAUUUUUUUUUUAUUUUUUUGUUGUUGUUGUUACAGAGUCUGCCUUAUUUUUUUCUUCUGUUUAAUAUAGAUUAUGGUUUGUUUUCUAUUGAGAUGUUUUAGAGAAUGUUGAAGAGAGACUGGCUGGUCCAAAGUAUAGUUUUAUUGAUAUGGUGGUGGUGGACCUUCAUCCUCUGCCUUCAGGACUCUGCAGGACUUGGCAAAGGGUGGAAUAGUUAUUGUCUGGUCGCAGUCUAGACAACACUGACAUUAGAUUCACUGGCCACAAGUGUAAAUGAGUUAGUGCCACCUCACUUACCUGCUGGAGAAUGGCCAGGGGUGGGUUUGGGGCAGUCCAGCUGGUUUGCUUUAGAGAGAAAUACCAGGCUUCUCCAUUAGAAUAAAAAUCCCAUUGUGGAUGGAUCCUGGCAAUGGAUCCUGGUGUGCUGUGAAGACCUGGCCUUCUACACGUCUCAUCCAUCCAUGUAACCCUGAGGAAUGACAACAUGAACAGCCCAAGGCCCCAGGACAACCCUAACGUUGUCUUCUGCAGGUAAGAUAGGGUUGGUGGUCGAUCAGAGGUCAGGCUGAGUUCAGGAGGAGUACAGGGGAGGUGUGUAGAUGAGAUGUGCAGUUUCUCCCAAGAUUCAGAAGGGGGUGAGGGCACUGCCAGGACUCCACAGGAUGUUAGAAAGCCCAUAAGGCAACUGUGGCUGCUCAGCAAGGGAAUCCUUAUGGAGCUCUUGUCUGGCACAAGGCCAAGUGUUUCAUUUUUUGAUUGACUGUAGAGAAGGGAAAGGUCAAAAGUGCCAGUAUUAAAAGGUGAAAAUGGAUCACAGAAUCCAUGUGUAAAUAGUUAGAGGUGGGCUAGCUCUCCUCAUGAAGUCCACAAGAACAGUGCUUGCCGAGCAACUUUAAAGAAUUAAACCAGUUCUGGUGCAUGCCUGAGUUGUAGUUCUUUUCCUCUGAGGACUGAAGGACGGGAUUUUCUGCCAAGCCACAAAGUCCACCAUGAGCAAAUGGCUGUUGCUCUGCCAUGGUUGCACCCAUGAAUGGCACCACAUGUUGAGAACCGUUGCUGAGAAAUGCACUGCUCCUCAGGUUUGUUCAUCCCUCUCCCUUUCAGACAGCAGAAGAGCUGGAAUCAAACAUCCCACCAGUUGUGAUAACAGAAGGAGUUACAGACAAUAGCUAGAAAUGAAAAUAAUGCAAGGGGAACAGAGCCAAGUGUAAUCAGGAAAAGCUUUCUAGCCAUGAACCUGUGAAAUAGUCUCCCUGUGGAGUUCAUAGAGACAUUUAUAAAUAAACAAAACACUACAGAAUAUAGCCAGGGGAGGUCCUGCCCUUGCAAACAGAUUCAUUUAGCUGAUGCCUUUGGUAUCUAACUUACAUGAUUUAUUGACAGUUUCAAUGUAGUCCUAGGAACACUCACUGUGGUACAGAAAAAGUGAUUCAUUCCUUACUUGUCUUACACAAUUACACACACACCUUCCACUUCUCUCCAAAUCCUCCUUGAACCUUUCACUAAGAUUUAGAGCAAUUUGUAAUAGAAUUCAGUUUCUGGGUAUUUUUGGACUAGUUUUCAAACCUGCAGAUGGAGAGUGGAUUUAAGUGACCUUCUUCGCAUCAGAACCUGGUUUAGCUUUUGAGACCAGCCAGUGGAUUUUCAGGUGACACUGCCACGUCCUGCAACAGAGGCUGGUGCUUGAGGCAGGAACGUUGAGACCACAGUUGCAGCAGCACGAGGGGGGAGCCAGAUGCAUGCAAAGUGAAGGGUCUGUGCCCAUGCAACUGAUUCUGUUUGUUGGAGAGUCGUGGGACUUUCCUUCUUUCUACGUGAUCAAAACAAUUAUUGUGCUCACUCUGGAAGCCCACAGCUGUGUGUGUCUGUGUGGUUUUUAACACCCCCAGACGUUGGGAUGCAUCCCUGUUGGGUGGCCUUGUGGCAGAUGUGAAGUGCAUCUGUUGGCCUAGGUGCUCCCUGAGGUAGUGAGGGGCUGUGUGUUCACAUAUGUGGACAUAUAUAUACAUAUAUAUAUAUAUGUACACACACACUUAUCUAUACACACAUAUGCAUGUAUGUAUGUUGGCAACAAAAAAUACAGUUCACUUGGUUGUUUUGAUUUACACAUUGAUCUGGUUGAACAAAAUACUGUUUCUUCAAAGUAUAUGGGAUCAGGUAAUUGAGCAAGGACACAGUUUGUAAAAGUUCAGCUGUCGCAGUGGAUCUCCUGAGGACAGGAAAAAUCUUGCAUUAACCAAAGAUGACAAGCAACUAUUAAAGCCUGGAAACUGAAGCACCUGUGAGAAGCAGUUGUUUACAGUGCAUUAUUCGUAUACUUUGUAUGAGGAAUUAAUUUAGCAAUACUUGUACUUGACUUGUGUAUGCCUUUUAUACAGAUGUUAACCCGUUAUAAUAAAUCCUACUGGCUGCAUUAAGACCUAAGCUGAGAUUAGAGCUGGUCAGUGAUGACCAGAUCUACUGCAGGAGAAUGCCUUACGAUUUUCUUAAAUGAAUUUUCUCUAAGGCUAUCAAAACCAUCCUGAUUCAAGUGCUCCCAUCCUCCUAGAAGCUGUUACCGUAAGGCUAAGGUCUGAAAAUCAGCUCCUCUCAUCAUUGCAAAAGAGCACGGGGCGAGUUUCCAAAGCUGUAUUUCCUAAGAGGAGCAGAUCUUCACACAGUGAGCAUCCAGCUCCUCUGAAGCCCGUGGUGUUCACCACGACCCCAAGCAAAGAGUGUCAGAAGUGUUUAUGGUCCAAAUGUGCCAAGUUACCAUGAAAACACAGUGUGGUCUUGCCUGUUUUCGACUGUUUUAGAAUUCUUGUGAAACCUGUGGCAAAAGGAUUGCCUGUAUGCAGCAGCACCUAACCUCUGUCCUUCACAUUGUGCUUAGUUCUCACCAGGCAAGUAACCCUGCUAGCUUCAAUGACUUUGACUCAUGUUCAAGUGCUUUGCUAGAUUGAUACCUUUUAUGAAAAAGUACACAGCUCUGAUAACAAAAAUAAAGACAUUUAUGGUAAAAUGUAA